AUGGGCGACCUGCAAGCUACAUUAGAGUUCUCCGUAGAGUUGUGCAAGUUCUACAAUGUCGAUCUGUUUCAGAGAGGGCUGUACCAGGUGCGCGUUUCGUUGCGGGCUAGUUCUCGACCAGCCCCAGCUCAAGUUGAAGCAGCAUUACCAGAGAGCGGUGGCGGAGCUGCAUGUCUACUUGGAGCAGGCAUUGCUGGAAGCAGAACGUUUCAAAUAUUAUAUCGGAAUGAAGAAGUACCGCUUAGGGAUUUGCUGCUCUUUAGAGUACAUCUCCUUGUGGACAGUCGGCACGUGACAGAAUCUUUAAGACGAGCCGAGUUUUCAUUAAUUGUUGAACUUUGGUUUGCUGAACAACCUGUGGUGAACGGAGGACCAACGCCAACAACGUUAUCUCAGGUAUCUACGCGCACCCUACAACUUCAAGUAUGCCCUUUAAAAGGUCUGCAUUAUCACUUGCCUAUCCUGUUUGAUUAUUUUCAUUUAGCCGCUGUUAGUAUGAGCAUCCACGGUAGUCUAGUUGCACUUCAUCAACCUUAUAUAAAGAAGAGUAUACUGCAAUAUGUCCAGAGUUGUACGCCACGAAGUAAUAAGUCAUGGAUGGGUUCGAGCAGAUUACCAUCAAGAGGAACCGCUUUGGAAGGUGUAAUGCAAGGAGGAGGCCCUAAGUGCGGUGGAAGCAAUACGAAAAUCGCUCAUGCCAGGCAAGUACAUCAAGAAGUGUGUGCGCUUCUUCUCAGUUCAUUGGAUUCUCUAAGAAGUACAAUGGAUGAUUAUGCCAAUCUUAUGCCGCAGUGGAAAAGACGUAUAGAAUCAACACCUGCCAUAUUGAGAACGGAUCCGGCACAUCGCCUUAAAAAAAUGGCUGAUCUAGCAAAGUUUUUGGAUGCCGAAGACGAUUUUUUGGCUCGGGCAAACUCAGACAUAGCGCAACUUUGCGCCGAGAAUAUUUUACAAUGGCGUUUAUUUCUUCAAGCCGCUAGCCAACCUGUUAUUCAUCAGUUGCUCGCAAAAAGACAUCACCAGUUGAGAGUACGUAGAUUUGCUGAAGCAUUUUUUGUUCUGAUUCAUCCGCGUCACACAGCAACAACCGCCAGCGAUGGAGGACAUCAGGCCCGUGCAGCCGUCACGGACCUGGUGCGAUCAAGAUAUUUGCCAUCUUUACCUGCUCUUCCUGUACAUUGUGCAGCUCUAGACGGAGAUCCAGCUGGUAUGCCUGUUAUAUUUGAAGAUCGUUAUCAACAGGAUACAUCGAUAUUGAACGAAGAUAUUAAAGUCAAUACAACGGCCCCUGCUGAAGUUUCUAUUGACUGUUCGUGCCCAACUCAACCGAUUAUAGAGCAACCCAUUCCCAAGCCUCGCAAUAUCCAUCCAGUUCAACAGUUGCCUUUACAACAACAUAUCAAAUACAAACCUGCUGCAACAAUUACUUUGGAUGAUUUCCAAACUAGUUUAGCAUGCAGUACACUGCCUACUCGUCACAGUAAAAGUCUUGACCAUUUGAGAAGUACUUCUUCUCUACCAAGAAGAAAUGCACCCGCAAGAGUUCGUGGUGGUGUUUCUUUAGAUAAUGAAGAUGAAGACAUAACUCGACCUCCUAGGAACUCAUAUCCACCGGUAAAGAAUAGGUGUAAUCAAUCGCAAAGUUACGCGCGCAAUCAUCAAUACAAAUUUCCCCAAGAUGUUUAUCUAAACGGUGUCGAAUGGCGACGAGAAUCAUCAAGUAGCGAUGAUGACACCAAUAAUAAAAGCAGAAUGGGUGCAUCAGCCAGUGUACCAUUCCGACUUCAAGCACUUUAUAGUGGCAGCACAAACGGAACUCAAGUACAUAGCGAAAGUCUACCAAAUUUACUUAAAGCUGAUGGUUCAAGAGAAAAUGGUGAAGACGAUACUUCGGCAUCUUCUCUAAGCGAAAGAAGUGGCUGGGCUUCGUCUUCCAGCGCUGAAGAUCGCCGACCCCAAGAAAUCCAACAACAUAGAAAAUUCAAUACACUAGAGACUUCAAAUAGUGUGCGUCGACAGCGGCAAUUAAACGGCGAACAAUUACGAAAAAAAUUAGAGCAACUAAUGCUUGCUAGCUGUACUCAAAAUGGAAAUUCUGAUCAUUUUAAUCACAAUAACGCACAAUUAACAAAUGGACAAACAAAAAACAACCACAUUGUUAAUGGAAACGGUUGCAGGCUAUAUGGAACUGAACCCCGUAGACAAACCAAAAAAUCUAUUCAUAAAACCAUACACAGCAAUAAAAAGGACAUAAUAACUGAAAACUGCCUCGUUUCGCCGCCGUCUUUUGAUAUUUCGCGAAUAGAAGCACCUGGGGAAAGAUCACGAUCUCAAUAUGAUCUUACAGAUAGUAGGCAUGCGGAAGAGACGGUAAAUUUACCUCCACCAAAAGCUUUUAGAGAUACCCCCGCUCCUGCCAGACCACCAAAAGCAUUUCGUGAUCCUAUUCCGGAUUCAAUAGAUAAUCCACUAUAUCACGUUUGUGAACAGAGGCUAGCUGAAAUUAAUUUUAGAUCAAGGCCGGUAUGCAAGUCGAGAAGUAGUGGAGAAUUACAAGCGUUAUCACGGUCAAUAAUAUCAGUUCCUAUUGCAAAUAACCAUUUGCCAACGUCUAAAAAAUUCUCUGAGCGAAAUGAAGCUAUCACGGAACAAGAUGAACAAGAAUACAAGGAUUUUGUUCGGAAAAGAGAAGAAUUUAAACGAUUGUUACGUGCGGAUUAUGCUUCAUCACUUUAUGCGGAUAAAAAAGCGUUUGCGUCAGAAAGACCUUACUUUCAGCAUCUACUUGGAGGAACUGGCGACGCUGAACGCGCAUUGACUCCUGGUAGUGGAGUCCAUCUUAUCGUUUGCGUCCAUGGUCUGGAUGGAAAUUCUGCCGAUCUACGCCUUGUUAAAACAUACUUAGAACUCGGUUUGCCCGGCGCUAGGCUUGAGUUCUUGAUGUCAGAACGAAAUCAAGGCGAUACGUUUUCAGAUUUUGAAAGUAUGACCGACAGGCUUGUUGGGGAAAUUAUGUAUCACAUAGAAGCGUUAGGUCUAAACCCAUCAAGAAUAAGUUUUGUCGGCCAUUCACUGGGUACUAUUAUAGUUCGUUCAGCGCUUGCAAGACCUCAAAUGAGACCUCUGCUACCGCGAUUACAUACAUUCUUGUCUUUGUCAGGACCACACUUAGGAACCUUAUAUAAUUCGAGUGGACUGGUCAAUAUGGGAAUGUGGUUCAUGCAAAAGUGGAAGAAAUCUGGCUCUUUGCUGCAGUUAUGUUUAAGAGAUGCUUCUGAUGUCAGACAAUGCUUUUUGUAUCGAUUAAGUGAACGAAGUACUUUACACCAUUUUAGACAUGUACUACUUUGUAGUUCUGGUCAAGACAGAUACGUUCCAGCGCAUUCUGCUCGGCUCGAACUAUGCAGAGCUGCUGCUCGAGACCCAUCACCUGCCGGAAAAGCAUACCGAGAAAUGGUGCACAACAUUCUUUCACCAAUGCUAUCAAGAAGAAGUCUUACUUUAGCUAGAUAUGAUGUCCAUCAUGCUCUGCCAAACACAGCCAACGCACUCAUAGGAAGAGCUGCACACAUCGCAGUCCUCGAUUCUGAAUUAUUUUUGGAAAAGUUCCUUUUGGUUGUUGGUUUAAAAUACUUUAGUUGA